GUCGUCCACUCCCUCUGUCGGCUUCCAUUUACUUCCUCUCAUCAUUCCUUUCUCUCUUUCUUUCUCAACUCUUUCUCUUUCUCAAUCCUUUCAAACCUAGUAACCUCAAUCAACAUGGCAGACCCAUCUCAGCCUGUACCCGACGACUCUACCGCCACCGCUAUUCUUCGUCAGAAGAAGUCUCCCAACCGUCUUAUGGUUGACGAGAGCCCUUCGGACGACAACAGCGUGGCUGUGCUCCACCCCAACACCAUGGAGGCACUUGGCCUGUUCCGCGGCGACACGAUCAUUGUCCGUGGCAAGCGCAGGAAGGACACUGUCCUCAUCUGCUUGAGCCAGGAUGACAUUGAGCAGGGCAAGAUCUGCAUGAACAAGGUUGCUCGUGGAAACUGUGCUAUCAAGCUCGGUGACUUCGUUCACGUGUCGGCUGCCAACGACAUCAAGUACGGCAAGCGCAUUCACAUCCUCCCCUUCGCCGACUCCAUCGAGGGUCUUUCUGGCAACCUCUUUGACGUUUACCUGAAGCCCUACUUCCUCGAGGCUUACCGCCCCGUCCGCAAGGGUGAUGUCUUCCAGGUUCGUGGUGGCAUGAGGACUGUCGACUUCAAGGUCAUCGAGGUCGACCCCUCUCCGUACUGUCCCUUGCAGAUUGUGGCUUCCGACACUGUUAUCCACACCGAGGGCGACCCUCUGGACCGUGAGGUCGAGGAGGCUGACCUUAACGCUGUCGGAUACGACGACCUCGGUGGUUGCCGCAAGCAGCUGGCUCAGAUCCGUGAGCUCGUUGAGCUUCCUCUCCGCCACCCCCAGCUCUUCAAGGCUAUCGGUAUCAAGCCUCCUCGCGGUAUCCUGAUGUUUGGACCCCCCGGUACCGGCAAGACCUUGAUGGCUCGUGCUGUCGCCAACGAGACCGGCGCCUUCUUCUUCCUUAUCAACGGUCCCGAGAUCAUGUCCAAGAUGGCCGGAGAGUCCGAGUCCAACCUUCGCAAGGCCUUCGAGGAGGCGGAGAAGAACAGCCCUGCCAUCAUCUUCAUCGAUGAGAUCGACUCGAUCGCCCCCAAGCGUGACAAGACCAAUGGCGAGGUCGAGCGUCGUGUUGUCUCCCAGCUCCUUACCCUCAUGGACGGCCUCAAGUCGCGCUCGAAUGUUGUCGUCAUGGCUGCCACCAACCGUCCCAACUCGAUCGACCCGGCGCUUCGUCGUUUCGGCCGCUUCGACCGUGAGGUCGACAUCGGUAUCCCCGACCCCACUGGCCGUCUCGAGAUCCUCCGCAUCCACACCAAGAACAUGAAGCUCUCGGAUGACGUCGACCUCGAGCAGAUUGCCGCCGACACUCACGGUUACGUUGGUGCCGACAUGGCGUCGCUUUGCUCGGAGGCUGCCAUGCAGCAGAUUCGUGAGAAGAUGGACCUCAUCGACCUCGACGAGGACACCAUUGAUGCCGAGGUUCUCGACUCGCUUGGUGUCACCAUGGAGAACUUCCGUUACGCCCUCGGCGUCAACAACCCCUCUGCCCUCCGCGAGACUGUCGUCGAGAUCCCGACCACCACCUGGAACGACAUUGGUGGUCUCGACAAGGUCAAGCGCGAGCUCCAGGAGACUGUUCAGUACCCUGUCGAGCACCCCGAGAAGUUCCUCAAGUAUGGUCUCUCUCCUUCCAAGGGUGUGCUCUUCUACGGCCCCCCUGGUACUGGUAAGACCAUGCUCGCCAAGGCUAUCGCGAACGAGUGCCAGGCCAACUUCAUCUCGAUCAAGGGCCCUGAGCUGCUUACCAUGUGGUUCGGCGAGUCUGAGGCCAAUGUCCGUGACGUUUUCGACAAGGCUCGUGCCGCUGCGCCGUGUGUCAUGUUCUUCGAUGAGCUCGACUCGAUCGCCAAGUCUCGUGGUGGGGCUGGCGGUGACGCUGGAGGCGCCAGCGACCGUGUCCUGAACCAGAUCCUGACUGAGAUGGAUGGCAUGAACGCCAAGAAGAACGUCUUCAUCAUCGGUGCUACCAACCGUCCCGACCAGAUUGACCCUGCUCUUCUUCGUCCUGGCCGUCUUGACCAGCUCAUCUACAUCCCUCUGCCCGACGAGGCCUCGCGUCUUUCUAUCCUCCAGGCUACUCUUCGCAAGUCGCCCCUCGCUCCUGGCGUCGACCUCAACUUCCUUGCCAAGAACACCGCCGGAUUCUCGGGUGCCGAUCUCACUGAGAUCUGUCAGCGCGCGGCCAAGCUUGCUAUCCGUGCAAGCAUCGAGUCCGACAUCCGCAAGGAGAACGAGCGUAAGGAGAAGGCUGAGCAGGCUGGCGGUGAUGUCGACCUCAUGGACGAGGAGAACGAUGAGGACGAGGUUCCGGCCAUCUCUGUCGAGCACUUCGAGGAGGCUAUGAAGUUCGCCCGUCGUUCCGUUUCGGAUGCCGACAUUCGCCGCUACGAGAUGUUCAGCUCGCAGCUUCAGCAGUCUAGGGGACUUGGCGGUUCCAACUUCAAGUUCCCAGAGAGCGGCGACGCUCAGCAGGGCGGUGCCUCCUUCCAGAACGAGGCCGACGACGACGAUCUCUACGCCUAAGCGCGAGCGAAGACAUUCAAACUUUGCGAUAUGACGAAGAUGAUCCGAGUGAAGCAGUAGAGAUACAAAGUGUCAGCGUUUGAGAAGUAAAUGCAUCCUCAUGUGUUCGUUU